GGCCCGUCGCCAUGUUGUUCUCUCGAUGCUGGACCCGAGCAACUGGAGUCGGACCGCGGCAGUGCCACCGGCGUCUCCUACCCGCCAGGUCCUCGACCCUCUCUCUUUCUUCACUGCACCCGGACGGGCCGGUCCGGAGCUCCCGGGCUUCCUCCGUGUGGCCGCGAGAAACUCCCUGCACUCCUAUAAUGAGCCUAGCACAGUGGUGAACCGCUUUCCCUGUUGUCCGUGUCCGAGUGAAUCUUCCCAACAGCCCUAGAGAUAAUGAUGUUUGAACUGAACAAUUAAGGGUUCUGAAAUCAGAGGUCUUGAGAUUAAUAAUGGCAGGAAAAUCAUCGCUUUUUAAAGUAAUUCUCCUUGGAGAUGGUGGAGUUGGGAAGAGUUCUCUAAUGAACAGAUAUGUGACUAAUAAGUUCGAUACCCAGCUCUUCCAUACAAUAGGUGUGGAGUUUUUAAAUAAAGAUUUGGAGGUGGAUGGACAUCUUGUUACCAUGCAGAUUUGGGACACGGCCGGUCAAGAGCGAUUCAGAAGCCUGAGGACGCCAUUUUACAGAGGUUCUGACUGUUGCCUGCUUACUUUUAGCGUCGAUGAUUCUCAAAGCUUCCAGAACUUGAGUAACUGGAAGAAAGAAUUCAUAUAUUAUGCAGAUGUGAAAGAGCCUGAAAGCUUUCCUUUUGUGAUUUUGGGUAACAAGGUCGACAUCAGCGAGCGGCAGGUGUCUGUAGAAGAAGCUCAAGCCUGGUGCAGGGACAACGGUGACUAUCCUUACUUUGAAACAAGUGCAAAAGAUGCCACGAAUGUUGCAGCAGCCUUUGAGGAAGCAGUUCGAAGAGUGCUUGCUACCGAGGAUAGGUCAGAUCACUUGAUUCAGACAGACACGGUCAGUCUGCACCGAAAGCCCAAGCCCAGCUCAUCUUGCUGUUGAAUUUAGAGAGGUUGCUUGUGCGAUCUAACCAGCUCACACACACUCACAGAUAAGCACAGGGUGGAGACGAGAAUUAGCGUUUGCAGCAAUGGAUCAUGUACUCAUAAAAUUAAACUAACCAUAUUGCUGCCUUGUUAGUGGGUGGGAGAAGGGACACAGCCACUCACAGGAGAAUCUAUUUACUCAGUAAUGGCACCUUACAUUUAUAAAUUGUAACGGUUGUCUAAUAAUGUUUAAUUUAAAUAUGUAUGUUACAGAGCUAAUAAAUGAGAUGACCAAGACUUUAUAAUUAAAAUAAAACACUUGAGUAUUCUAGAAGUUACUGGUUUUUCCCUGGGAAAAUGGAGAACUGCUUUUUCUAUGUGCAUAUUUUUAUGUAAUUAGCAUAUUCUGUUUCUGGUUCAGGGAAAACAUGUCCUAAAGCAAUAAUGUUAGAUAUUAAAGGUUAAAAUCCAA